AUGGGGUGGCCUUGGCUUGGAGAGACCCUUGACUUCCUUAAGCCUCAUUAUACUUACUCUGUGGGAACCUUCUUGCAACAGCAUUGCUCUAGAUAUGGGAAGGUUUUUAAAUCGCAUCUAUUUGGUUCACCAACCAUAGUUUCAUGUGACCUUGAGCUCAACAUGUUUAUUCUUCAGAAUGAAGAGAAGCUAUUCCAAGCCAGCUACCCCAAGGCCAUCCAUGGCAUUCUUGGAAAGCAUUCGUUACUCACCAUAUCCGGAGAGCUUCAUAGAAAGCUUAGAAGCAUUGCUGUCAGCUUCAUUGCCAACUCUAGGUCGGCCCCCGAUUUCCUUCACUGGGUUCAGAAGCUGUCAAUCUCAAUGAUGGAUUCAUGGAAUGGCUGCAAACAAGUAUCCUUCUACAAACAAGCUAAAGCUUUUACACUGAGUCUUAUGGUGAAGCACCUUCUAAGUGUUAAACCAGAGGAGCCAGUAGCCUCGAGGAUAUUGCAAGACUUCGAAACCUACAUGACAGGCUUUGUUUCUCUACCAGUAAAUAUCCCUGGGACCGCUUAUGCCAAGGCUGUGAAGGCUAGAGUAAGGCUGUCUUCCACUGUCAAAGAGAUUAUGGAAGAAAGAAGAAAAGGGAAUGUUAAUAGAAACACAGAGGACUUCUUGGAUGUGAUAUUAUCAAAACAGAGCCUAAACGAUGAAGAAAUAGUGAGCAUUGUGUUGGACAUAAUGUUAGGAGGCUACGAGACAACCGCUACUCUUAUGUCCUUGAUUGUCUACUUUCUUGCCCAUGCGCCUAUUGCUUUCCGCAAGUUAAAGGAAGAACACCAGAGCAUAAGGCAAAACAAAAAAGAUGGGGAAUUCUUGAACUGGGAAGAUUACAAGAAAAUGGAUUUUUCCCACUACGUCAUAUAUGAAGCUAUGAGAUGUGGGAAUUUUGUCAUACCAUCAGGAUGGAAGGUUCUUCCAAUCUUUUCUGGGGCGCAUUUGGAUCAAGCUCUUCACGAAAAUCCCACGGAGUUUGAUCCUUGGAGAUGGGAAGAUUUCAAAGAAAUGAGCAAAAAAGUGACAGUGUUUGGUGGUGGAGUGAGGCUCUGUCCGGGAGCAGAACUGGCUAAAGUAGUGAUUGCAUUCUUCCUUCAUCAUCUUGUCCUCAGUUAUAGAUGGAAAACAAAACCAGAUGAGUCUCCACUUGCUUACCCUUUCGUGCAAUUCCGGAGAGGCUUGCAAUUAGAGAUUGAGCCAGCUGAUGCAGCAGCUGACUGAAACGACAAAGUAACCCCCACUUGCAAAUGAUCUUUCUCUUUAAUGGAUUCAUCUGAAUGUACAAGGAAAGAACAAAAAAGGUCAAUGCAAUAGUUGUAAAAUAAAUCCCACAAAAACCAAAGGCAGGCAGGCAG